UCCCCGUGCUGGCCAGCCUCCCUCCGUCCCUCCCUCCUUCCCUCCUUCCCUCCCUCAGCCGCCUUCCUCCUCCGCCUGCCCCCAUGGCCCGCUCCUGCUCGGCGCGGCUGCAGGGCGAGGCGGCCGCCUUCACCGCGGCCCUGCGCACCCUGGUCAACAACCCCCAGUUCAGCGACGUGACCUUCGUGGUGGGCCGGGAGCAGCAGCGGGUGUUCGCGCACCGCUGCGUGCUGGCGUGCCGCUGCCAGGCUUUUCGGGGGAUGCUGGGGGGCUGUGGCGAGGACCCCCCCAGCAGCGUCCCCCCCCAGGGCCCCUUCGUGCUGGGCAACGUGCAGCCCGACGUCUUCCUGGCCGUCAUCGAGUUCCUCUACACCAACAGCGUCAGCCUCAACAGCCACAUCGCACUGGAGGUGCUGACCUCAUCGGUGGAGUACGGCCUGCAGGACCUGUGCAAGCUCUGCGUGGAGUUCAUCAAGGACACGCUGAGCGUGGAGCAGGUCUGCGAGGCACUGCAGGCUGCGGUGACCUACGGGCAGGCGGACCUCCAGCAGCACUGCCUGGCCUUCAUCGAGAGCUGCACCGCGGCGGUGGUGAGGACGCGGGGCUUCCACGAGCUCUCUGACACGGUGCUGGCGCGGGUGCUGCGCAGCGACCGGCUGGCCGUGGACGAGCUGGACCUGGUGCAAGCCGUGCGGGAGUGGGCGCACGUCAGCUCGGCCGUCCUGGGGCGCCCGGUGCCCGAGGUGGCCGCCCUGCCCGUGCAGGAGCUGCGCCUGCCCCUGCUGGCACCCAGCGAGCUGGCGACGCUGGAGAGCCACAACCAGCGGGACCUGCUCAUCCCGGUGAGCUCAUUCGCGGCAGCCUGGAGGUCCCACGCACUGCGGCGUGGCAGCGGGGUGCCCCCCCAGCUCUGCCGGCCCCGGCGCGGCACGCGGCCCCGCGACCACCACCGGCACCUGGACCCGCACGCCAAAUAGGGGCUGUGCCCCCCCCAGCCCCACCGGGGGGCUCGGGGAGAGGCUGCGCCCCCCCAGCUGGGUGCUCUGCGGUGGGGCAGGCUGUGGGGUGUGGGGCUGGGCGUCAAUAAAGCGCUUUUUUCCCCACUUCACAGCUUUGGGAUCGGGCAGGAUACGGGGUCACCCCACAGUGGGGGCCGUGGGGCAGCUUCAAAAAGCAAUGUGGGCUCUGUGGGGUUGAAGCUGGGUUACGGGGUGGGUGUACGGAUGCCGGGGCACCCACACAGGGUGUGUGGUGACCCCAAGGGCUGCAGGGUGACCCUUUAUUAUCCCAGCCACCCUGCCAGGUCCCAUCCUUCCCGGGGCCGUGCUGCCCUCCCCCGGCAGUGGGGCUGCGCUGCAGCAAGCAGGCGCGCAAUGGCACCAGGACCAACCCCCCCCCCCCCGUGGUGUUCAGGAUGCCAGAAAUCCCCUGGGCUGCAAAAUUCCCUCCCCCAAAUGCUGUUGCACCCCCCCACCCCUUUGCCCAAGCAGCUGUGUCUACCCCAAUCCCCUCCCCCUCUCCAGCUGCGCCCCCCCCCAAGACAGAGGGUCAGACCCGGCAGGUAAUUUAUAUAUAAUAUAUAUAUUUACUCUUUAAAAAUAAACCUUCGGUUCCCCACUACCGCCUGUACAAACUACAAAAAUAAACCUUUGCUCUCUUUGA